UUCUCCUCGAGUAUUUUCCAUUGUUGUUUUUUUAUAUCUCAUCUUGUUAAUCGUUUAAUUGGUGAAGAAAAGAGUAAAGAAGAGAAGAAAUAUCGUGCUCAUAAUUUCUUUUUCUCGAUUUUGCCGUGUGUCUGUGAUUGGCGAUAAGCAUUUCAUUCAUCAGCCUUUCAUCUCAGUCAAACUUCCUUUCACCGACUUGCAGCUGUUGUGCGCAAAGCAAACUGUUUUCUUUGCAACACACCAACACGACAUUCAUCAUCCGUCACACAAAACACAAAACACAAUGGCUGCAACAACCUCAGAGGCGCCUCUGAAGACGCCCAUCGCGGCGCCCACGCCAGACAGCAAGCCGGUGCCUCGGCCGGAACUCACGCCGGAGCAGCAGACCAAGUACGAGGCGCUGCUGGAAAAGGCCAAGGCCUUCACAGAGAUCAAGUGCGACAAGGAAAAGGACAAGUCGGGCCCUCUGACGGACCGCGAGCUCGCCUGGCUGACGCGGGACUGCCUGCUGCGUUACCUGCGGGCGACCAAAUGGUCCGUCGACGACGCGGCCAAGCGGUUGCUGUCGACGCUGGCGUGGAGGCGCGAGUAUGGCAUUGACGAGUUCACGCCGGACUACAUCUCGCCUGAGCAGGAGACGGGCAAGCAGAUCAUCAUGGGCUUCGAUCGCCAGGGAAGGCCGUGUCAGUAUCUCAACCCGGGCCGGCAGAACACGGACAGCAGCCCGAGGCAGAUUCACCACCUGUUUUACAUGGUGGAGAGGGUCGUGGACAUGAUGCCUCCCGGCGUCGAGAUGCUGAGCUUGAUGAUCAACUUCAAGCCCAGCAAACAGAGACAGAACACUAGUGUGCCCGUGUCAACGGCCAGAGAGGUGUUGCACAUUCUGCAGAACCAUUACCCCGAGAGGCUGGGCAAGGCACUCAUCAUCAAUGUACCUUGGCUGGUUCAGGGAUUCUUCAAGAUCAUCACCCCCUUCAUUGACCCCGUGACACGGGAAAAAUUAAAGUUCAACGAGGACAUGAAGCAGUACGUCCCGGCGGAGCAGUUGUGGAGCUCUGAUUGGAACGGCGACCUGGACUUUGAGUAUGAUCAUGAGACGUACUGGCCGGCCCUCAACGACCUCUGCAAGCAGAAGCGAGAGCAGAAACUCACGCGAUGGGCGGCUGCUGGAAAGGCCAUCGGCGAAUCAGAGGAGUAUCUCACGGGCGGCACAGAUUUGAGCGUCACGGGAUUCAAGUACACGACCAACGACAAGGACGUUUUGGAGAAGGAGCAGCAAGUAGACGCUGAGACAAGCGUGUUGGCGGAGAAGCUAGCAGGGGCCAAUCUCGAGGAGGAGACGGUAGAGGCUCAGGCAUAAACGAGCCAGAGAAAGCUAUUGUCUUUGUUUUAUUUUCGGUGAGACCAGCAACAAGUAUUGGUUGGAAGGAAGGAAUAGAUUAAUUGGGUUAGACGAGGUGAUGUCAGUUAGCCAUGACCUGCUGCAUUAUUUCGUUGUCACCGUCUGUUGAAGGCGAAGACUGUUGUUGUUGGCAGCUAGCUCCUAGGCCUAUCAUACAUUAGUAGCAGCAGUAUUACACAUGACUACAUAAUAGAUGGAUACAGCAAUGAGACUAUCCCGUGUUACAGG